GUUAGGGCAAGUUACUUUCCAAACAAUGUAAUGUCAAUCUGUGCCGCAUCCACGUUUUUGCUGACAUUACAAUCAGCUUCUGUAUCUUAUUUUCAGCGAUUCGAAACUAAAUUGUAUAAAGCAGUGCACACAAAGUUAACAACAAUCAAUUGUGUGUCGGAAAAAAGAGUAGGUGAACCGCGUUUGUGACGACGUGAUAUAUCUGGAAUGAAGCAUUAAUGAAUGGAGUCAUAAAUACCAACCAAUCAUGCCACACAUUGAGCUAGUGCCGGAUCGGAAGCUGUUAAAACCGAAUUUUGAUGGAUACAUACUAUCUCUCGACCCAGUACCGGUACUUUCGACGGAUUUUUCCAAUACCAAUGGCCCGCACCGUGUAAAACCUACCGACCAGCAGUAUUCCUACUAUCAUUCCCGGCUUUUUAGCAUGCAGAAUCACCUCGUCCGGGACCCAUGGACAAACGGGCAGUGUUACUACAUCGAUGUGACUGGCAUGGUACAGCGCGUGUCUUACGAUUCUAUGCUAGGGCGGAUGCGUCCGCUCGUUCCAGUGUUUAAACUAACACUGGUGGCCUCUGAUGUGGGUCAAGAUCAAGUGAUUGCUAACCACCGAUAUAAUUGUUCGUUGGUGUUCCCCUCCGAGCAGCUGUGCCUUCUUUCGGAUGGAUGCGGAACCGUACGUGUACUGGGGACAGGCGAUAGAACAACUGGGCGUGAGUGGAAGUUACAAAGCACAUUCAAACUACUGGAGCAUAAUCUUACUGGAGGUGUGCUGCCCGGUGGUAGCGUGUUGCUUGAUGGGCGAUUAAUCGUACGGAAUGACCAGCGUUCGUUGCAUGUUGUAAUGCUACAAAUCGAUUAUCAGCCUGCUGCAAAAUCCAAGUCGCUUCUACAUUGGUUCACGCUUGAGCAGUCUGUACCAUCGGCGUGGACAUUAAGUGUUUCGCGGACACUGCAAAGUGAAGGCUAUCCGAGGUACUGUGUGCUCGAUUAUCAUGCGACAGCCAUACUAGUGGCGUGCAAUGAGCCAUUUCGCUUCUUGCACGACUCGGAGCACCCCGUCAUUAUGCUGAAAUCGCAAACUAUGCCCUCGGAUACACAAGAUAAACCUGCCUGGGAUCAGUUUCCUUUCCGAUGGACGCAAACAUUGGAAGAAGUUAAUGUGACGUUCGAUAAACAGCCUGAUGUUCAGUAUCGAGUUAUGACUGAACCCUCACCACCCAACAGCGAAUCCUGUUUGAAGGUGUUUGUUAAUGAUGUUCUCGUGAUCGAUGGUUCAGAAUUUUGCUCAAAGAUUGAUUACGAACGGACCGUUUGGGCGAUGGACCGAAGGACGUUGGAAAUUACAUUGCAGAAGCAGAUCACUGGUGUCGAGUGGCCGUUUUUAUUUCCUGGCGGUCCGGAAGAAGCUGUAUCGGGAGGUUUCGACAUUCACAGCCAACAGUCUUAUAUGCCACCCAUUACGAACCUAAGUGCACCACUGGAAUCGUGCGACUUUGAAGGUGAGCAGGAAACCUAUUACACACUGGAACGACUUUCCUGCAAGGACCAUGCAGUAACGCACGCUGUAUCUCUUGGCAGUCGGCCACCACUUUUCGGAGUGACCUUACGUGCCGGGUUACCGGCCACCUUUGUCGUGCGGCACGAUGUCGAUGCUUGCCUGUGGCAGCUGCUGCCAGUCCCGGUUGGUACGGAGGACUGUCGUUUACAACACGCAGGCACGUUGCACGCGUUUGGGUAUGUGCAAGCAUCCAAACGCCAGCAGAAGUAUCUUGGAUGUUCACCCGAUAUGGGGUACGCAGUGAUCUGUGAGUCUCACCGUGGAAUUUACAUAUAUAAAAGUAGCUACGGUGCUAGUUUGCGCAACCGUAAUGGGAUGCAAGUAGCGAUAGGGCAACAUCAGUUUGUGAGUUUGAAGGACACUGGAGAAGUGUUAGGCAUUAGCUGCGAGGACAAGAUGUUGGUGUUGCUUACAGAAAAAGCGAUUCACGUGUUGCAGAUUACCACUGAGUAGAGUGUAAUAUUUGGACGCCUCAUCUAAUCGCAUUUUUGACUUUGUCACAGAACACUUUCUUUAUAAAUAGGCUGCUUGGGUUGAAUUAAUGGCCCAUGGUUUUAGCUGGUAGCGACGCCGAGCUUUUACGCGACAGAACCAAAGCCAAAUCCCCCGUUGAAAGGACUGAAUAUUCAGUAAUGUGGUUAAAUUAACUCUAUUUAGGAAGUCAUUUAUGGCAGACAAGAUCUUAGUAGGUCGUUAUACCAAGAAGAAAAGCUAAAUCUAUCAAAAUCAUUUUAAUUAAUAUCAUGUUAUUAUUUGAUUUAUGAUUUCUAUACAUAUGUAGUAAAAAUUGAUAAGAGUUUUUUUUUCUGUUGAUAUAUAGAAAUUUGUGAAAGUUUUAACUUAAAACAAGACAGUGAAGAUAAGCUCGGUUGCGUCGAUAUGACGUAGGUAUAUCGAAAGAACGCUGUUUCGCCAAAUAAUGAAGCAUAUAAUUAGUUGUUCUAGAUGGUAAUAUAUGGCAGUAUUAAAUAAAUAGUCCAGCCUAGGGGCGAAUAGGGUCCAAUAGGGCGGCCCGGUGGCAUGAUGGUAGCGGAGCCGGUCUUCACACGAACGGACCGAACCAAAAUCCCAUCCGGACCAAUCCCCCGUAGCAAGGACUGACUAUCCUGCUACGUGGUAAAAUAAGUCGAUACGGCCAGGCCGUUCUGACGAAUAAAAAAAAAAUAAAUAAAUAAAUAGUCCAGGAAAUUAACCCAUUACCUGAAACAUACAAGUACAUGCAAAUAUGUUCAGGAUAUAGCUUGCACUUUGAUUAAGUAAAUAUGAGAAAGAUUUAGUGAUCAUUAAGUUAAAUAUGAAGAGGUUGAU